CUGUCAUUCUGCCGCAGCUUGGGCUUCCUUCUGCCUGUGGGUCCUCAACGCCUCCUUGGUGCCGGUACCGCUUCACUUUCCUGCUGCCGAGUCGCAGCCGCCGUUCAAGCCCCCUGGAACCGGCAGGAGACGCCAACUUGGCUCUGACUCGGCGCCCCAGACUGGCUGCGGCCUCAACGCCCCGGCCGCCGCACCCUCCCCGUCUCCUUUGGGUGCGUUGUGGGGUCCCCAGGAUUCAAGAGGUCUGUUAAAAAGCAUUCAAGAUCGUAAAAUUUAGAUGACCAAAAUGGAUAUUCGAGGUGCUGUGGAUGCUGCUGUCCCAACCAACAUUAUUGCAGCCAAGGCUGCAGAAGUUCGAGCGAAUAAAGUAAACUGGCAGUCCUAUCUUCAGGGGCAGAUGAUUUCUGCUGAAGAUUGUGAAUUUAUUCAAAGAUUUGAAAUGAAAAGAAGUCCUGAAGAGAAGCAAGAAAUGCUUCAAAUGGAAGGCAGCCAGUGUGCUAAAACUUUCAUAAAUCUGAUGACUCAUAUCUCCAAAGAACAGACAGUGCAGUACAUACUAACUAUGGUUGAUGAUAUGUUGCAGGAAAAUCACCAGCGCGUCAGCAUUUUCUUUGAGUAUGCGAAACGUAGCAAGAGUACUGCCUGGCCGUAUUUUCUGCCAAUGUUGAAUCGUCAGGAUCCCUUUACUGUUCAUAUGGCAGCAAGAAUUAUUGCCAAGUUAGCAGCUUGGGGAAAAGAACUGAUGGAAGGCAGUGACUUAAAUUACUAUUUCAAUUGGAUAAAAACUCAGCUGAGUUCACAGAAACUUCGUGGUAGCGGUGUUGCUGUUGAAACAGGAACAGUCUCUUCAAGUGAUAGUUCUCAGUAUGUGCAGUGUGUUGCUGGGUGUCUGCAGCUGAUGCUCCGGGUCAACGAGUACCGUUUUGCCUGGGUGGAAGCAGAUGGGGUAAACUGCAUAAUGGGAGUUUUGAGUAACAAGUGUGGCUUUCAACUCCAAUAUCAAAUGAUUUUUUCAAUAUGGCUCCUGGCAUUCAGUCCUCAAAUGUGUGAACACCUGCGGCGCUACAAUAUCAUUCCUGUCCUCUCCGACAUCCUCCAAGAAUCUGUCAAGGAGAAAGUCACAAGGAUCAUUCUUGCAGCAUUCCGUAACUUUUUAGAAAAGUCAACUGAAAGAGAAACUCGUCAGGAAUAUGCUUUGGCUAUGAUUCAGUGCAAAGUUCUGAAACAGUUGGAGAACCUGGAACAGCAGAAGUAUGAUGAUGAAGAUAUCAGCGAAGACAUCAAAUUUCUUUUAGAAAAACUUGGUGAAAGUGUCCAGGACCUUAGCUCAUUUGAUGAAUAUAGUUCAGAACUUAAAUCUGGAAGGUUGGAAUGGAGUCCUGUGCACAAAUCUGAGAAAUUUUGGAGAGAGAAUGCUGUGAGGCUAAAUGAGAAGAAUUAUGAACUCUUGAAAAUCUUGACAAAACUUUUGGAGGUAUCAGAUGAUCCACAAGUCUUAGCUGUUGCUGCACAUGAUGUUGGAGAAUAUGUGCGGCAUUAUCCACGAGGCAAACGGGUUAUUGAGCAGCUCGGUGGGAAGCAGCUGGUAAUGAACCACAUGCAUCAUGAAGACCAGCAGGUCCGCUACAAUGCUCUGCUGGCUGUGCAGAAGCUCAUGGUGCACAACUGGGAAUACCUUGGUAAGCAGCUUCAAUCUGAGCAGCCUCAGACUGCUGCUGCUCGAAGCUGAACUGGCCUCUUCCACUUCCCCUUACCCGUGAAGACUACUUGGAGUGGGAGCCUCAGUAUUUAGGGUCAAGAAUAUAGUUUUUAAUUUUAUUUGUGAUUUUCUUCUGUUGUGUAGCUUCUCCCAGUACUGAUUUCUGAAAAAUGUGUUUGCUUGUUCAAUUGUAUAACAGUGUUUUCUGUAUCUAAGGAAAAUAUUUCUGUUACACAUACUGCUUGCAAUUUCUGUAUUUAUUGUUCUAUGAAAAUUAAUAUAGCUAUUAAAGAAUUCUCACUCCAAA